AUGGCUAUUCUGCGAGAUGAUGUUAAAUACAAUUCAUUUGUCAUAGGGAGUGAUGAGAAUUUGGAGGUUUUGUUCCAUUGUCGUCGGCAGUUUCCCGAGGUUAGGACACCUGAGCUGUUGGCAAAGCUUGUAGAUGUGGUCUCUAGCUCAGGUGGUUCGAACCAGAAUACCCAAACUCCAGCAACGGCAGCCUGUUCUAAUUCAAGACCUGUUGGUGCAUCUUCAUCCGUGCUUGUGAUUGCACCUCAGGAAAUGGUGGUUGCCUCUCCGUCCUUCGCAGUUGAUCUCAACCGUAGUGGUGACGGAAAAGUUUGUAUUAUUGAUAGGGCGCUGGUUUUAUUACAGCGUGUUGCACCGGAUGGUAUAGACGAUGCAUUGCCGGAUGAAGAUGACGCUGAAGAUGUGGAGCCAAACAUCAUUGCAGAUGAUAGCGGUGAUGACAUAGCAGCAAGUAAUCCAGCUGGGGCUAACGGAGUGUCCAGCUUAGGGACUCAGCAGUACCCCCUGCACUUUUCAUCUUUAGACUUGGAUGCCAUGAGACAGGAGGAGGUUCCUGGAAAACUUAUUGGAUUUGGUGCCAGAGAUACUCAGGGUACCGGAGGUCUAUCAGAGUUUCAGGUUGGUCAGCAGUUUCAAGAUAAAGAGGAGGCCGUGUUAAGCGUGAAGACAUAUAGCAUCCGAUGCGGGGUACAGUACAAAGUGGUUGAGUCCGAUUAUUGCAAGUACCUUUUUAAGUUUACGGAAUUUGGCAAUGGGUGUACCUGGUUGAUUCGGAUCAGUCUCCGCCAGCAUAGAGGUAUUUGA